AUGCCCUCCCCCCUAACCGUCACUUUCAUUCAAUCCACCAUCCUCAACAUCAUCGCCAACGUCCUGGCCCAGUUGAUAGACCAGUACAAAUAUGCCCAUAGAAACAAUAAACCGUUCGCGUUCACCCUGAACACGCCCGCCCUCAUCCAAUUCACCAUCUACGGCAUCAUCGUCGUCCCCAUCAACUUCGAAUGGCAAAAAUACAUCGAAGCAAAAUUCCCCGGCUUCCCAAGACCUACAUUCGGCAGGGCCCGAUCCGGGUUCAGACGUGCGUUCUCAGUGCUCCUAGCACCGUUCCGACGCGGUAGCAGCAGAUUCGGGAUCGGAGAGGAACAUGCUAUUGAUGCAAUCGAGUUGCUUCCUACAGAGGAGAGAUCAUUCAUUGCUGGGCAUGGAUCUUCCUCGUCUCCUUCCUCUUCAGGAAUGCGCAACUUCAUGGCCAAGUUCGUUCUGGACCAGACGGUCGGUUCGGUGGUAAAUAUUGUCUUGUUCAUCGUGUUGAUUAAUUGGUUGAAGGGGACGAGUGCUGGUGCUAUUCUCGGACUCGUCAAAGAGGACUUUUAUCCCAUUAUGUUGGCGCGGUUGGCAUAUCGUCCUGUCGUGUCGGCGUUGAUGUAUACGGUUGUUCCCAUGGAAAAGAGGGUGGUCUUUGGGAGUGCUAGCGGUGUAGUUUGGGGGGUCUACUUGAGUCUUUAUGCUGCUGUUUAG